AUGACUACUGAGCUUGAUCUAGAGAAAAUGUUGGAUGGGAAAGGAGCUACUGGGAAUGUCGGUACUAAGGAAAUGCCUAAAAAUGAUGAACUGGAUGGCGUAAUACCCAAUGGAAAGAGAACAAAUUCGAAGGAUAUUCAAGUGUUGCAAACGCCAGACUCUAAUGCUAGAAGAGUCGCUGAUCCUGCAGUUACUCCUCCUCCUAUACCGCAUGUUGAAAUCAACCAGGUAUCACUUGCACUGAUUAUGCGGAAUUUGACUGUAUUCACCAUGAAGGAAAUUUCGCAGUACAUGAAAACCAAUGAGCAUGUUAAUCCUCAAGAACCGGGAUCCGCAAGAAAGCUGCGUUUUCUACAGUUGAUUAUUUUCAUGAGAAACCAGUUCCUGAAACUUUAUGUGCUGAUCAAAUGGUGUCGAACUAUUAAGAAUAACAAUUUUCACACGAUGAUUGACCUCUUAAACUGGUUCAGAGUCGCAAAUGCACAAGUCAACAAUUGUAUAUGGGCUCUUAAAAGUAACGUUACGGCUAUGUCGAAUGCAAAGUUACCGAAUGCGGAUUUAGUAACAGCGUUGGAAGUCCUGAGCCUUGGAAGAACUAAUUUACCUGUGCAUAACUUUAGAAUGAGUGGUGAAGACGACCCUGAGGCAGUGGCUGGUGGUAUGAAGAAGAUUCCGCCAAAGCUUGUCUUGCAUAGACUUAGAGAUUUGAAUUUAGCGGUAUCUUUGAAGAUUGCGUUGAUAGAUUUCCCACCACAAUUUCAAAAUUAUGUCAUCAAAAAUGGUAGGAUCUACAUCACAGUCGCUGAAGAAUUUGAGAUUCAGUUAGCUACAAUUGACUGUCAUUCGCCACUAUUCUUCGUCGAUUUGCAAUUCCUCUUCACUGAUCGUAAUUUACCUUUGAAUAAACUUCGAACAGAGAAAGUUAUAAAUGAGCUUCUUUUCAAGAGCGCAAAGCCUUUGCUGGCGUUGCACAAUUUCCUGCACAAGUACGUGCUCACUUUGCAACUCUAUAUGAUUCACUCUGAGCUACUGGAUAUGGAAAGUGGCGGCAAGUUUACUGGGGGAAAUCUUGUGCACAGAUAUGAUUCGAAGAAAAGUGUUAUUUCAAUCAAGUAUUGGAUUCAUAGUAAGUUGGGUCGGAGAGCAAAGAUUACUAUUGGUGUCGAGAAGUCGACAGAGAGUCUGGUCUUGAAAUGGAAUAACCCGAUCGCUACACAAUCAAGGAUGCCCGUUAGAUAUACCAAUAUUUUGAAAAAUCUUGAAUCCAUCCUAGACGAAAUCAUGUUCAAUCAUUCUUAUCUUAUUAGAGCAGACCUUUUGGCAAAAGGUGUAUUCCAAGAGGACGAAGAGAGCCCUGAUGUUCUUCUUUUCCAAGUUCCAACAACGUGCUUCUCCGUCGCUCCAAUACAGUUGAAAAUUGACUUGCUCAGCGGAGUAUUUUAUUUCAAGAACCCCACAGCUUUAUUACUGAAGUAUGUCAGCCAGAUCAACCGUGCAGAAAAUGCUGAAGAUUUGACUAAAGUCUUACAUCGACUGAAGUUAGAAAAAAUAAGUCAUAUCUUGAGAAACAUGUUUGAAAAAACUGGUUGGAUGUGUAGCAGGGUCAUUAAGCUCGACCAACCCAUCGAAUCACAGACAGCAACCAAGAAUUCUAGUAAUGCACUUUUGCAAGAUGAUAUCUUCAUUCGUUUGCCGAAUUGGCUGGCCAACUGGUAUUUGAUACUCACGGUUAUAUCAUCCAAUACUUCAUGCAUUGUUGAGAAGAGAAUUGGCAAGGUAGCAUCCGUCAAGGGCAAAUGGCAACUCGUUUACCUGGGUAAAUCAACUGUAACCACCUCAAGAUUAGAAACUAUGACUUAUCAGAAAGUGUUACAUUUACAAAAGACUAUUUUCCAUAGGGUUGUCAAUCAUAUGAUCAUCGAUUCGUUAAAUCAGUUGAAUAUCAGGAACAAAAUUUGUGCCAAUGAUUUGGCCUCUUCAACUCUACCGCAUUACAUUGCAGAUGACAGUAUCGCAAAUAGCAAUGGAGAGUGCUACACAUCGAUAAUCACGCUCGAGUUGGAGUCAUUCUUGGAAGGAUCAAAAGCUCUAAAUAGCAUACUGGAGAGCUCAAUGUUCAUGAAAAUUGACUAUUCGCGCUCAGAGAUUAAAUUGUUUGGUAAGUUCAAGUGUGAUACCGCAAUGAUUAAAUGCAAGUGCGACGAAUUACUGAUCCAUUUUGUACCAGAUGACGCUCUAGCAUUCUACCUUUGCGAAGAACUCACGAAUUUAAAUUUCAUCGGUCAAUACUUGACCAAAUUCAAGCAAAAACUAAUGCAAAUGGUGGUAUUAACCGACGUAGUGGAAAGAUUACACAGAAACUUCGCAUCCGAAGGUUUUAAGAUCGUUGCGUUGAAGCCAAAUGAGAUAUCUUUCAAAUACCUAAAGGACAGCACAGACAAUCAAGAUUGUACUAUAAGCAUAAUAACAAGCGACCAAACGGUCGAAAACAUGACGGUUCAGCUAUCGCCGUCUAAUCCGCAGCACAUCAUACAACCGUUCAUCGACAAGGGCCACAUGGACUACCACUCCAUCUUCAACUACUUGCAAUUUACCUCUUCGCUCUUUAUUGUUUUCAAAACGAUUCUCUCCGAGAACCAAAACAGCACCAAUAGUUACACAAUGGUAAGUCUCGGCCUACACAACUUGUGCGAAUAUCAAUUACUUUACCAUAAUCCAGAGUCGGGCACCAAAAUUACGGUUAUCGUCGAGCUCAAGAACGUAUCGCACAACAGGCGCAAGAAAAUUCAGUUCUACAUUCAUUUCUCUGACGAAGAGCACGUCUCUACAAAAUCUAUGGCAUACCCAUUAGUGCAUCAAGUACGCAACCAGGUCUUUAUGCUCGAAACCAGGGACAACAGUGUCGCUACAGGUCCUCGCAAAUACCCUCAUGCAAUCAAACUCGUCGACGGUAUAUCGUGCGAUCCAUCAGAUGUGGGACCUAUCCUAUUAGAGAUUCACAAUAUCCUCAGAACCGAUAGCAACGUUGUUGGCUCUACGCCUGCAAUGAACGGCAUUUCCUCUAUCAAUCCCACGACUAUUCCCGCGACCGCAACCACUCUGUGA